AAUAGAGCCGGGCAGCAUGAAGCUGACGGGAUGAAGUGUGGACUGGGAGGAAGAAAUCAAAUGUAGUCCAUAUAGAGGUGUAAUAGUGCAGUACUGCCUGUCAGGACAUCCAACCUUACCAUGCAACGUGCUCAAGUUCAAGUCCACCACCAUCAUGUUGGAUUGUGGACUGGAUAUGACAUCUACCCUCAAUUUCCUGCCGUUACCACUGGUUCAGAGCCCCAGGCUGGCCAAACUUCCUGGAUUAGUUUUGAAAGAUGGAAGCACGUUUCUGGACAAGGAGCUGAAGGAGUGCUCUGGCCAUGUGUUUGUGGAUUCUGUGCCAGAGUUCUGUUUGCCAGAGACUGAGCUGCUUGACCUCUCCACGGUGGAUGUAAUCUUGAUCUCAAACUAUCACUGCAUGAUGGCACUGCCCUAUAUCACAGAGUACACAGGAUUCACUGGAACGGUGUAUGCCACUGAGCCCACUGUUCAAAUUGGCAGGCUUCUCAUGGAAGAACUGGUGAAUUCCAUUGAACGUGUGCCAAAGGCUCAGUCUGCCUCCAUGUGGAAGAACAAGGAGGUACAGAGAUUGCUGCCAGCCCCUCUGAAAGAUGCAGUGGAGGUGUCAAUGUGGAGGAAGUGCUACACCAUGCCUGAAGUGAAUGCUGCUCUCAGUAAGAUCCAGCUGGUGGGAUAUUCCCAGAAAAUUGAGUUGUUUGGUGCUGUGCAGGUCACCCCUCUCAGCUCGGGCUACGCUCUUGGAAGUUCCAAUUGGAUUAUCCAGUCACACUAUGAGAAGGUUUCCUAUGUUUCAGGAUCUUCUCUGCUUACAACACAUCCUCAGCCCAUGGACCAGGCUUCUCUGAAAAACAGCGAUGUUCUCAUCCUGACAGGUCUUACACAGAUCCCAACUGCUAACCCAGACGGCAUGGUAGGAGAGUUCUGCAGCAACUUGGCUAUGACUGUCCGGAAUGGAGGAAAUGUGUUGGUUCCUUGUUACCCCUCUGGAGUAAUAUACGAUCUGCUGGAGUGCCUGUAUCAGUAUAUUGACUCUGCUGGACUCUCCAAUGUCCCUUUUUAUUUCAUCUCACCUGUUGCCAACAGCUCACUUGAAUUCUCCCAGAUCUUUGCUGAGUGGUUGUGUCAUAACAAACAAACAAAGGUGUAUCUUCCAGAACCUCCUUUUCCUCAUGCUGAGCUGAUUCAGACAAACAAAUUAAAACAUUACCCCAGCAUCCAUGGAGACUUCAGCAAUGAUUUCAAGCAGCCAUGUGUCAUUUUUACUGGGCAUCCCUCUCUAAGAUUUGGGGAUGUGGUUCAUUUCAUGGAGUUAUGGGGAAAAUCUAGCUUGAACACUGUUAUAUUCACAGAACCAGAUUUCUCCUAUCUGGAUGCUCUGGCUCCUUAUCAGCCCUUGGCCAUGAAAUGUGUUUACUGCCCCAUUGACACAAGACUGAAUUUUAUUCAGGUGUCUAAAUUGCUCAAAGAAGUCCAGCCUCUCCAUGUAGUUUGCCCGGAGCAGUACACUCAGCCACCACCCUCCCAGUCUCACCGGACAGAUUUGAUGAUAGACUGUCAGCCUCCACCAAUGUCCUACCGCAGAGCUGAGGUCCUGACUCUUCCCUAUAAGCGACGCUACGAGAAGAUCGAAAUCAUGCCAGAACUUGCAGAUUCGCUUGUGCCCUUGGAGAUUAAGCCUGGUAUUUCCUUAGCAACAGUUUCUGCCAUGUUGCAUACUAAAGACAACAAGCAUGUUCUGCAGCUCCCUCCAAAACCACCACAACCCCCCACCAGCAAGAAGAGAAAACGAGUGAGUGACGACGUGCCGGAGUGUAAAGCUCUGAAGCCGUUGCUGAGUGGCUCCAUUCCUGUGGACCAGUUUGUGCAGACACUCGAGAAGCACGGCUUCAGUGACGUGAAGGUGGAAGACACAGCCAAGGGCCACAUCGUGCUCCUCCAGGAGGCAGAAACCCUCAUUCAGAUCGAGGAGGACUCCACACACAUCAUCUGCGACAACGACGAACCUCUCAGGGUGAAGCUGCGUGACCUGGUUCUCAAAUUCCUGCAGAAGUUUUAGCCCAUGGGCAGGGAGAGCCCUCAGAGCAAAGAGCUGUUAGAGGGUGACCCCAAAGAGAGAGGAUUUCUUAAUUCAGAGACCAGAAACCACCAGUUCUUCGUUCAGAAGCAAAGAAGUAUUUUUUAAUAUCUAGAUAUAUAUAUUUUAUUUAAUUUUUAGCCAGUUUUGAUAUACUUCAGAGGGGAUUCCUGUGCUGUAAAAUUCCUUUCUGGGAUCUUAAAGGAGAUACAGAUUGCAGAGUAAAUAAAUUGGGUGUGUAUUUACAAGGUGGGGGUGAAGCCACACACAGGCGCAGAUAUUCUCUGUGUGAUGCAGUCAGCAGCGUGUUCCCCAGCCCUUUAUACAACAAAACUCUGCGAGAACAUUGGAACAGUGGCCUCAGAUGUUGUUUUUUCUCCCCGUCAUGUCUUCAGUGCUGUGUGUGUUCCCCUGGGUGUGGUACAAAGGGGCUGGGGGAGCUGGAAACACAGAGAUCAUAAAAACAAGGAUAGAAAAAGGGGGCUCUGCUGGGCAUGGCCAAUAGCUUCAGAGCGCCCAGAGCCCGUUCAUUCCCUGCAAGAGCAGAGGGAGUCUGGUGAAGCUUUGGCACUUCAAAUUGUUCACUGAUGUUCACCUCACCUCCAAGGACCACAUUUGCCCACCAAGAUGCUGCGUUCCUCCACCAUCAAGUGGGAGAAGCACCAACGUGAGGGAUUGCAAUUGCAAGCAGAAUGACUAGGUGCCCUUUUGUGCCCUAUUUGUCUGUUGUCUCGGUGCUGAGACAACCCCAUUCCCAUCUAAGGGGUGUCCAUUCGGUGCAUGAGGCCAAGCAGCACCAAUCUGGCGCUCAGAAGCCCACCUGGGACAGGAGACUUUCUGAAGUACAUUAAAGCAGAUCAGCUCCCCCUGCUCAUGAAAAACAUGUUGAGAUUUAAGUGCCUCUCAUUUCUACCUCCCCAAAAUCUUUCAGCCCCCACGUUGGUUGAAAUUCCAGCAGCCCUUUAUACAAAGCCAUCCGUACUGCAGACCCAGGGGGGCUUUUCCCUUUCUAUGUUGUGUAUUUGGAGCCUGAACUUAGUUUAACAGCACUGCUUUUAGAAGUAGCUGAUCGAUUCCUUGGAUUUACUGCUGUUUUCUUCUUUCUUUUUUCCUUUUUAAUGGGAUUGUUUUGUAUUUAUUUGGUGUUAAAAAUAAAAAGCAUAGUAAGAAUGGCGAGGAGAAGCAGCAUUCAGUGGUUUAUAAAAGCAUCUCCUCGCCCGGUCCACAUCCGCAAGUGUGUAAAUAUACAUAUCUAUAAAAUAAGGCAGCACCAGUUUACAGCCUUGGGGAGAUGAAGGCGGUGGGAGAACAGCUCUGUAAUAUAAACUGUUUGCUGUUGCAGUUUGCACAUCAUAUUUCCUACACGUUAAGGGCUCCUGCUUGAUUGGUUGUACACCUGUAUCGUGGCUGUGUGUGUAUCAGGGGCCUGAGAGCAGCGAUGUCCUUAGGGAGGUAAAAACCUGGUUGCAGAAGCGUGAAUCCCAAUGAGACUUUCCAGCGUCUGUGGUGGUUCAGCUUCUUUAUCAUCAGUAGCAAAUAGAAUAAAGGAAUUGGGCAUAUCUCACCUCGCAAUUCAACCUGUAUAAGGAUUAUUCAAUGGGGAAGUGUUCAAGUGUUCAUGUUUUAACUCUUGUUUUGGGCAGAACAUCUCACUGCUCCAGUCCAGCAUCUGAAAAACAGUUUGUUUCUUUCUUAGAACCAGCCGGGUUGUGUCUGCUGGAAAAUUAAACAUACCAGAGGGAUCCUUUAGUGAAAGGUUUUAAUUAAACUCACAAAACC